CUUUCUUGAAAAGGUCUAGGACAAAACAGCCAUCAUGACUCACUCAAUGCUGCGACGGCAACUGAAAAACCUUGUUCAGAACUUCUCUGAGGCAGAGGUCAAGGUUCGAGAAGCGACUUCUAAUGACCCCUGGGGGCCAUCGAGCUCCCAGAUGUCUGACAUCUCAGAUCUAACCUACAAUGUGGUGGCCUGUAACGAGAUUUUGAGCAUGCUCUGGAAGCGUCUCAAUGAUGACAAGAAUUGGAGGCACAUGUACAAGUCUUUAACCCUUCUUGAAUAUCUGUUGAAAACGGGGUCUGAGCGCAUCCCUCAGCAGUGUCUGGAGAACAUUCACAUUUUCAAAGUCCUGACAGAAUAUCGCUUCACAGACAAGGAUGGAAAGGACCAGGGGGUGAAUGUGAGAGAAAAGGCUAAGAUAGUGUUGGUGCUGAUUGAGGAUGAAGAAAAGCGGAAAGAGGAGAGAGAUUUUGCUAUGAAGACAAAAGACAAGCUGACAAAGGCUCCCAGUGCAUCCUCCGCUACAGGACCAGAUAAAGAAAAAGCAGAGAUCCCGGCGUAUACAGGGCUGCCAUCACUGGACAACAUUCCAUCGGUGGCUGACCUGACCGCCGCUAUGGCCAAGAAGAAGGAGGAGCAGAAACGUCUGGAGGCCGAGAGGAAAGAGGCAGAGAGAUGGGCUAAGGAGGGUGACACAGAGCCAGAUCUUUGGGAAAAAGCAGUGACAGCAGCACCUCCAUCCGACUCGGACCCCUGGGGAGCCCCAUCUGAUGCAUCCAACGAAUCCGCCCCUGCUACCAACGACCCUUGGGGGCCACCGUCUGAUGAUUCAAAGGAAUCCAGACUAGCUACCAAUGAUCCUUGGGCUGAAUCUGUUGAUGGGACGAACGGAUCUGCACCUGCAUCCAGUGAUGCAUGGGGAGCAUCUGCUAGUGCCAAGAAAGAUUCUUCACCUGCUUCCAGUGAUCCCUGGGGAGGAUCUACGAAUGUAGAGAAAAGUUCUCCACCUGCUGCGAAUGACCCAUGGGGCGAAUCUGCUGGAUUUUCAGAGGAUAAAGCCCCGUCAACAAACGAUCCCUGGGGGGCCUCACCUGAAAUGGUGAAAAACUCUGAUGCAGCAGUGUCAGAUCCUUGGGGAACACCUGCGGUUAGAAUACAGAAUUCAGCACCUGCAACCUCUGACUCCUGGGGGGCGCCAUUAGAAGCAUCAUCAGUUACAUCUGAUCCAUUUGGUGAUGGUUUAAAAGUAGAUAAUGACCCUUGGGGCACAGCAGCAUCUUCACCCCCUGCUGCGUCUGACCCCUGGGGUGCCCCAUCAGCUCCAACUGAUGACCUUUUCGGUGAUGGAGGCAGACCAGAUCCUUGGGGUUGUUCUUCUGAGAAUGGUGACACUGCUGAUGAGCCUAAAAAGCCAGCGUCCUUCCUCGGAGAAGGUGCAUCAUUGGUGGACUUGGACUCUCUUAUGUCAGUCAAGCCCAAACCUAAACAGCCCCCUCUCAACUCCAUCCCCACCCAAAAAGCCCCGGGUUUUUUGUCAGAGGCAGGCAUGAGCAGGACUUUGGGCGGCAGCAUAUCCAAGGCAGGCGGUUCUACUGCACACCCAAAUUAUUUAGCUUUUAACUCCACGACUCACUGUUCAAAUGGCCUGUCCCUAAACACAGCCUUCGGGGUGCCUGUCGCCCAUAUGGCAUCUCCUACCCAGAAUACCAGCCAUUCAGCUUUGACUAUGUCCAACAUAUGCUUUUCCAUGGCUAGCCCUAGAGUGGCACAUCCCAGCACUGCAGGUACUCUUAUUGGUAAAUUGUGUCCUGUGUCCCUCACAGGAGCAGUUGCCCCACAAGCACCAGCUCAUCAGCAACUGGUUUGGGGCACUGGGGCUGCUGGGAAAGGAAAUAACAUUUUUUGAGUUCUCCAUCAAGCAUCCAUUCAUCCCUAGCCUUCUCUUUUCCCCACCCCCUUCAUCAAUCCUAGUUGAUGAUGUGUGUAUAAGUGUGUGCAAAUAUUUAUAUAUUAAUGAGCAACAGUAUACCGUAAGUAUAUAAAACAAUAUACUUUCUGUUUUGGGGAAAAAAGGCAUGCAUA